CUUGUUUCAUUGCGUCCUACUACAUAGAGGAUCACAUUGACCGAUUUGACGUGAGCGGGCUUCAAGCCAGAGCUGCCAGUGUCAAUCUCUUUAACCGUACAAAAAAGCCACUUUUUGUUUGACCUACACGUGUACUAUGGUGAGAUGGGUAAGUUUAACCCGUGGAUCAGGUCGUCGAACACACAGUGCUCACGAAGCUUUGGCUAUGGUGGUCCGUGCAAGAUACCUGACAAGGGGGUUUUACUUUUGCUCGCAACCGCAGUAUGUAGUUCUAGUCGGAGCCUCUCGAGUGCAGCCUGUCCACUUUUCAUCGACGUGGAAAUACAUCAGUUUCCGCGGGUACCCCAAGUGGAGAUUCUUGCAGGCAAAACACCGGAGUGGAUAAAAAGUGGCCUUUGUUCGACGGUGAAAGAGAUGCACUCUCCUCUAUCUCCGCAUCAACUUCACUUUUACAAACCUUAACCACAGAUAGUGUACACUACACGUGUACUGUGCCCAAGUAAACAACGGCCAGGGGCAUUUGUUUGGAAAAUGGGCGCACUCGGUGUUGUGAUUAUCACCGUCGCAACUAG